AUGGUGGAUAUCAAGGAAACCGUGCCUGUGUCCCAUGUCGAUACCAAAAAGACGACCAAUACUACCGUUACCGAAGAAUCCGUUGUUUCUGAUGAUUUGAUCUCCCCGGACGCCAAAUCUGUUUCCCAAAAGUUAUCCUUGAUCUUUGCAGGCAUUGCUCUUGGCUCAGAUGGAUACCAGACGAUGAUCAUCGGUGCCGUUGAGAGUUGUCUCGAGCGUAUCUAUGGAAGCAGCGUCUUUAAUGAUACCCUAUCGACACGCGUGAGCAAUGCCAUGUUAAUUGGUGAUAUCGUUGGCCAAGUGGGCUUUGGUCUUAUGAUUGAUCGAAUGGGACGUAAAGUGGGUAUUGUCUUGUGCACAUUGGUUGUGUGUUUGGGCAUUGUUCUGGCAACAGCUUCCCAUGGUGUCACGCCUUUGGGCCUAUUUUGGAUGUUGAUCAUUGCACGCGGUAUCACAGGUGUGGGUGUUGGUGGUGAAUAUCCUUGCUCAAGCGUAAAUGCAAGUGAAGCAGCCGAGGAAUCUGGAAGAAGUCGAGGCUUCUGGUUAUGUAUCAGCGGCUGUUUCAUUAUCGACUUUGGGUUUUUGAUUGCUACAAUUGUACCUGUCAUCCUUCUUGCCAUCUGUGGUGAAGGUGGGCUAGAGGUAGUGUGGCGCUUAGGUCUCGGUCUUGGUCUUUUACUUCCUAUCAGUGUCCUGUAUUUCCGUCUCAAAAUGUUAAACUCGGACAUGUAUCGGCGUGAAGCCAUCACUCGCAACAUCCCCUAUUGGCUCAUUAUCAAAAAGUAUUGGAAAAGGCUGUUGAUCACCGGUUCUAUUUGGUUCCUUUACGACUUGGUUUCUUACUCUUUUGGUAUCUUCUCCAAUACAAUCCUAUCGCUGGCAGGUGUGGGUAAUUCGUUAAUGCAAACAUGGUGCUGGAAUAUCGUGUUGUACGUGUUUUAUCCAUUUGGUGCUUUUAUUGGUGCAUUCCUCGUUGAUCCAAUUGGUCGCAAGUGGACUAUGGCUUCAGGUUUCUUCAUCACAGCUAUACUUGGUGUCAUUGUUGGUGCACUUGCACCCAAACUGGCAACGGUGUUUCCGUUGUUUGUCAUCUUGUACGGUCUCUUUUUGGCAGCAGGCGAGAUGGGCCCUGGCGAUUGUACUAUCUUGAUCUCUGCUGAAAUGUAUCCUACAGCUAUUCGUGGUACCAUGUAUGGCUUAUCUGCUGCCAUUGGCAAGGCUGGUGCUGCCAUCGGUACACAAAUCUUUAAGCCUAUCCUCAACGCACUCAUUGAAAGAACCGGCGAUGAGAUCAAGGCACAAGGAUACGUUUUUAUUAUUGGUGCAUGUAUUGCUUUCCUUGGUGGAUUGCUAACGUUGUUCUUUGUCCCACACAUGAAUGAUGAAAAGAUGCAAGAACAAGAUGCUGAAUUCAGGAGCUAUCUGCUUGAAAAUGGCUAUGAUAUUUCUCAGCUUGGCGUAGGAUCGGUACCUGGUGACCAAGAAAAGGCAACGAACAAGCAUUAA